UUUGAGUACAUGAUCCUCGCCACCAUCAUCGCCAACUGUAUUGUUUUGGCUUUGGAGCAACACCUUCCUGGAGAGGACAAAACACCCAUGUCUAAGAGGCUGGAGAAGACAGAGCCCUACUUCAUAGGGAUGUUCUGUUUUGAAGCGGGGAUAAAGAUCAUUGCCCUGGGCUUUGUCUUCCAUAAAGGCUCUUACCUUAGGAACGGCUGGAACGUAAUGGACUUCAUUGUGGUCCUCAGUGGGAUUCUGGCCGCCGCAGGGGCUCAUAUGAACAUCUCUGUGGAUCUGAGGACUCUGAGGGCGGUGAGAGUACUUCGACCCCUGAAACUGGUCUCGGGCAUCCCUAGUCUGCAGAUCGUCCUGAAAUCUAUAAUGAAAGCCAUGGUUCCACUGCUACAGAUUGGCUUGCUGCUCUUUUUUGCAAUCCUUAUGUUCGCCAUCAUUGGUCUGGAGUUUUACAGCGGCAAACUUCACUACACCUGCAUCCCUCAGCUUGGAAUAUUGGGGGACAUGUUUGCCGACAGCAGCUGCUGUUGA